AAGAAUGGCGGCGCGAAAUUUGCCAUCCCACGGCGAGCCUCUCAUCAUUGAGGAAAUACUCCAACUGUUGUCUUCUGAUAGUGCAUCGAUUGAUGGAAAAUCGGCGAGAAUUGUUGGGAGACUAGAGGAGCACAACAUCCACACAUGUACAGCGCAAGUAGUGGACUCUAAUAACAGACAACCGCUCACCAUAGAUACCAGACUGGUGGAACCAUUCAAUGCCAAGAUCGGCUCUCUGUUUCAGUUCAUUGGAGAGCUAGAAUGUUCCUCGAACAGUGUAACUCUGAAAGCGAGAGUGGUGCGGUGUGUGGAUGGGUUGGACAUGAAAAUGUAUCAGAAAGCUUUGAUAGCACAGAGACAAUACUUAUCUUCCAGGAAGGAAGACUACAGUUAGUGAGAAGACAAUCUGAUAUGAUAAGAUUCAUAUCACACAGACAGUACUUAGCUUCCAGGAAGGAAGACGACAGUUAGUGAGAAGACAAUCUGAUAUGAUAUGAUUCAUAUCACACAGACAGUACUUACCUUCUAGGAAGGAAGACUACAGUUAGUGAGAAGACAAUCUGAUAUGAUAAGAUUCAUAUCACACAGACAGUACUUAGCUUCCAGGAAGGAAGACUACAGUUAGUGAGCAGACAAUCAGAUAUGAUAUGAUUCAUAUCACAAACAUUGAACAUUUAAUGUUUCUAACAAUUAUUCCUAAUUCUUUUUGGACUUGGUCUCAAACAAGUAGCAUUAGUGUCUUACCAUAAUGAAUAGUUUGCUGUCAGAGUGUUUUAUGAUAACAUUCAAACUGGGGCGGUGGCAGACUGGCGAUCCACUUUAUCUGCUCAUCAGGCAACAGGCACCUGCUGAUGAAUAUUUCAUCUAUACUUUUGACUGACACAAUCCAUACCAAAUUCUUAUCCAGUCCAUUUCAAAUAAGCUAGUCCUUGAAUAUGGAGUUUUUACCUUAUUUCAUAACAAAACUGACUGGAAUCUUAUCUCAUACCUAAAUCUAAUUGGUAGAUAAAAUUAGAUCUAUUGUUAAGACUAAGAGAAGCUGUUGUACAGGUUUAUCUGUACAUAGAAUAGAACCAGAUGUUGUUGGGUGACUAGUGAGGGCAUUGUCCGCUCACCUAGUCACCAUGUGCUGUUGUCCUUUGUCCAACCUUCCAUUAAUACGGAACUUAUGAUCUCUUCUCCAAAACGACUGAAUGUAUGUUAGUAUAUUUCCACAGCAUUUGUUGUCUGACUGUUAGUUUGUCUUUGAUUGGUUGUAGUUCUGUGAAAGUCUGUGCUACACACAGAUGCCAUACUGGCCCAUGGUUUAGGUGAAAACCAGAACAAAAAGAUUUCAAAUUUCACUAUACCAAAUACUCAGGCAGCUAAUACUAUUCACUGUCAUAAACUGUAACUGUCCUUUGUGUGUAC